AUGGGAAGGCAACCUUGUUGUGAUAAGAUUGGGUUGAAGCGAGGUCCAUGGACGAUUGAAGAAGAUCAUAAGCUUAUGAACUUCAUUCUGUAUAACGGUAUUCAUUGCUGGAGAAGGGUUCCCAAGCUUGCAGGUUUGUUAAGAUGUGGGAAAAGUUGCAGAUUAAGAUGGAUUAAUUAUUUAAGACCUGACCUGAAGAGAGGUGCUUUUACGGAAGCUGAAGAGGACCAGAUUAUUCAGAUUCAUUCUCGUCUUGGAAACAGGUGGUCGAAGAUUGCUUCACAUUUUCCUGGUCGAACUGAUAAUGAGAUCAAGAACCACUGGAAUACUCGGAUUAAGAAGAGGUUGAAGCUCCUGGGUUCAGACCCUGUGACGCACAAGCCCAUCGACAAAAUUGAAGAGAAUAUUAGUAAAACUCCUGCAGAAGAGAAAGUGGAAGAAGAAAUUAAUAUUCCAGAAGAGAAAGUGGAAGUAAAAGAAGAAGCGAAAUUAAUAACCAUGGAUGACACAGCUUCUCUUUUAAACAACUACGACAUGUUGUGUGGAAAUUUGGAGAUGGGGUCGAUUUUGUUUAACCAAGAAACCAACACAGCUUCGAGCAGUUCAAAUGGCAGUGCAUCUUGUUUCUCCUGGGAAGAUUCAAAUAAUUACUACAUCAACAACAGUGCUUCAAUGUGUGUGUCGUCUUCUCUACAUCAGCAAGAAGAUUCGCUGCAGCAAUGGAUGGAAAAUGUGGAUUCGAUGUUCUCAUGGGACUGCUUCAAUCAAAUAUAAGGAAACCCUCUUUCUUCUUGGAAAAUAAUUUAACCAGAAAGAAGAGAAACUGAUGAAGAUUAUAAUCAUGGUGAUCAUUCAAUUUCAGGCUUAUUACAGAUUAUGAAGAUCCUUGCAAUCAUGGAACUGUUGCUUUAA